AUUUUAUUGUGAUUCGCCAAAGCUAUCGGUCAUGUGUAAUUUUUUUAUGUCUGAGCGGCGCCGUUUUAAAUAUUGAGAAAAAUAAAAUAUUUAUUAUGUAGACUAAAACUAGAUUGUUAACAACUCUAACCUUUCUUGUGACUCAUACCUAGCAUGAGAUAUCUUUUUUACUAAAUUGCAAUUUCUUUACAGUGUAAUAAUGGCACGUUUCCUGUCUCAGGAUAAAUUGGAAGGAUUUGAAAAAUAUAAGUAUAAUUCAAUCGACACAAGUGUUCUCAGUAAAUAUGUUAUGCACCCAUUUUGGGAUUGGUGUGUCCAGUUUUGCCCACGUUGGGUUGCACCAAACCUGCUAACAUUUGCUGGAUUCUUACUGACAGUAUUAAACUUCCUGCUAUUUUCUUACUUUGACUAUGGAUUUAAUGCUCUGACAAAAAAUAAUAAAACAGAUGAUUAUAUUCCAAGCUGGGUUUGGGCCUUUUCAGCUAUAAAUUUAUUUGUUGCAUAUACAUUAGAUGGUAUAGAUGGCAAGCAGGCCCGCCGGACGGGCACAAGCGGGCCUCUCGGCGAAUUAUUUGAUCAUGGACUGGACUCUUACUCCGCUGUUCUUAUACCCACAUGUCUUUACAGCAUAUUUGGGAGGGAUGAGUUGAGCCCACUGCGGUUUUUCUUCGUUAUAUGGAACAUCUUCAUAAAUUUCUACCUCACUCAUUGGGAGAAAUAUAAUACUGGUAUCAUGUUCCUCCCUUGGGGCUAUGAUUUUACUAUGAUUGGUUCAUGUAUUCUCCUACUCGUUACAUCCGUAAUUGGGCCUCAGGCAUGGCACGUGGGCCUCCCAGGCGGACUCACUCCAGGCAUCAUUUUUGAAGUCACACUUUACCUCUCCGCCAUGCUCACGAGCCAGACUGUUAUACUGUGGAAUAUAUAUAAGUCAUACAGAGAUAAAACCGGCAAAAUGCGGUCCUUUACUGAAACGAUUCGGCCAUUGAUUCCACUAGCUGUGUUCUUCGUGCUUAGCAGCAUCUGGGCUCUCUACUCACCAUCAGAUAUAAUAAAUCGAGGCCCGAGGCUCUUCUAUGUGCUCACUGGAACUAUAUUCUCAAAUAUCAAUUGUCGUCUAAUCGUAUCACAAAUGAGCGAUACACGUUGUGAUAUAUUCAACAAUCUUCUAGUGCCAUAUGCGUUGGUAAUGGCCGUUGUAUUCUACUGGAGGGUUUCGCCCAUGAGCGAACUUAUACUUCUCGGCUCCUUAUGUAUGGCGUGCUCAUGGGCACAUAUCAACUAUGGUACUAAAGUGGUACGAGAAAUGUGCGAUCACUUCAAAAUAGCAUGUUUCCACAUAAAGCCAAAGAAUUAAUUUGUGAUUUUUAUCUUGUCUUGUCAUAGAUUAGUAGGCAAAUUUUUAGAUCUGUCUUUGAUCUUAUAUUUUUGAUGUCAAUGAUUCUUAUUAUGGUCAAUAAUUUGUAUUGAUUUCAGGGAAAAGACUAUCUAAAUUGCUUUUAUUUAUAAUUGCCGUCCCAGAUGGCAUUGAUCAUACAAUUUUUUGUGUAUGAUUUAGUAAUCUAUAUCAGACACUGUCACUAUUAUUCAAAAAACUCAAUCAUUAGCGGUAUUGCACAAUUUUUACUGAAGUUUCUUUAGUUUCUUUCUGUCAAAUUGUAUUUGGGGCAUGAUGUAAAGAAAGAACAGCGCUUAUAUUAAAACAGUGUAAUUAUACUGAUUUAGUUUUUAUGAAGAAUUGGGUAUGUAACUAUUUGUUCCUUAUAUUGGAAAUACUAUCUUAAUUGCUUUCAUUUAUAAUAGAUCUGGGAUAGAUGGUAGUGUCAUUGUUAUAAAAAUAUCAGAAAAAACAGGUUCUCUAACUAUUUGAUUUAAAUUAUUGAUCUAAGUUACAAACUGAAGUUUCAUAUCCUAUAUUGUUAUAUACUUUGGAGUUUUUACAUAUUCCUACAUCAAUUUAUGUUUUUGAUGUAAUUUUGGUAGUUCAAAUUAUAGUGUUAUAUAAUUUAUAUGUUAUUCCAAAGAUAGUUAAGGUUUAAUAUGCAUUUUGGGGAUUCCUAUUUUAUUAUAAGCAAUGGUAUAUAUACCUCUAGUUAAUAAUAAUUUUAUUAUAUACUUAAAAACUUACGGCAAAUGUUCUGGUGCGAUGGAAAUUGUUAUUUCAAAUGGAUGAACUUUUACGGAUAAAAAAUUUUAGUGCAUUUUUAAACAUAAUAUAUAUCACCUACAAAAUUGAGUUCCUCUUAAACAUGUAAAAUAGUUUCGUUUUUAACCUGGGAAUUUAUUUAAGUAAAUCACAAAGACAAUGACAGCUACUAGUAUUUUAGUAAAUAUUAUUGUUUCAACUCAUGUCAUUUUUACAAGCUUCUGAUGAUUGAAAUAAGCAUUUAUAUAAAGGGCAGGGAUAUACAUAGCAAACAAUCAAGUAAUAUUAUCAUCUAGUCUGUGGUUGCCAAUCAAAAUUGUAUUUUAAGUGGUAAAUAAGGUAGUGUGUCAUUUAAGCUUUUACAAAUCUUGCCAGAUUUUUAUUUAAUUUUAAAUGGUGUGAGUAAAUUUACCAAUAUUAUCUUCAUUGUAUUUAUAAUUGGUGUUAGUUCACCAUUUCUACAUGAGUGAAAAGUAAUGAACAUAUUGCCAGGUAAGUUAUUUGAGUUGCAAGUACUAUGUAAUAUUUUAGAUUUAAUUGUGAAGAAUGUGUAUAUUUUUCCAUUUGUUUGUGCUCAACAUACUGUACCUGUUAUUUUAAGUUUUCAUUGUAACUAAAAUUCUUUUAAAAACAUGCUUGUCAAA